AUGGCAACUGCGCCGCAAGGCGACGAGACCAUGACCGUCGAUCCCGUAUUACGACACCAGUACCUAUCCACCGUCGAUGAUUGUUACCCCUAUCAGUAUUGGCCGGACCCGAAUUACUACAACACCUCUUCGGCGGAGCUGUUGGUCUCUCCAGGCGGCUCUCUCGCCUCAGUGGGCUCGGAGAACUGGACUUCAGACUUCCACGGCCAUUACCCAUGGAACGCAGUUGCCGUCGCGCCGAGCUACGUUACCUCAGAGUAUGCGCAACAGUCCAACAGUUGGGCCUCAAAUCCGCAGCCAGAUGUACAACCCGGUGAGCCCGCGGCAUUCGAACUACCCCAGCAAUGGCUUCAACCCAUGGAGACACCUUGCACGACUCCAAGAUGGCAGCAACUCUCGGAAAGCCAAUCUCGCUCUAAGCAAACGCCCAGACAAAAGUCAGCCUCAGAUGAGAUGCAUAAUGUGACGAACGAGCCAACCGAUCGAAGGUCCUCCGCUGGUCAGACCUUGGAGCAGGCUCUAGAGAAGACCAGUACGAACAGCGGAAGUACUAAUGUUCCAACAGUGAAAAUUAUUGGGCAAGGGAACGAUGGAAUGUCGGGCGAGGGUGCCAGCGAUGCCAAGCCAUGCCAAAAGACUCCAUAUCGCGUCAAGAAUCGAGCUGCCGCCAAACGAAGCCGAGAGAAGACGAAACAAUACGAGAUCAACCUUACUGCAAAGGAGAGACAGCUUACACAAGACCGACUUCAUCUCUAUGCCUGUAUAACGACGCUCAAAAAUAAAGUGCUCUCGCUAAGGACUCAGAUUCUCGAGCACGGCGGUUGCAACUGCGAGAUAAUUCAAGGUUACAUCACAAGGACGGCCAACGAUGUCAGUAUUAAGGAAAAACCCUCUCUCCUACAACAGAGAGGCCAAGGGAGUUUAGGACAUAAGUCAUAG